GAUGGCAGAGACUCCCAGAGGACAUGCAACUUCAGCACUGAGCCUCCAAACCAAAUACUCUCUCCUUACAGUUUCAACACCUUCAUCUUCAGUCAGCCAUGGGAGUUGCCUACAGCGUUGGAGAGGUUGACCACCUCUACACCUUCUUUGUGCAGUGGUCACCAGACAUCUACACUAAAGGCAACAAGAAGCACAACCAGCCCCAUCUACUCAUUAGAGAGAAACAUCAGAACCGCUAUCUAGUCGUAGAGAAGAACAAGGUGGCUGUGAUCAACAAGCUCCUCAGUAACCCUGUCAACUCAGCUGCUAAAAACUGGGAGAUUAUCAGUGUGAAAGACCCCAAACGGCGCCUCAGUCUUUGUAGCUCAGAGGACUCAGAAGCGGAGGAGCCUGAGUACCAGGACGAUGCUCUCCUUGUCCUGAGUGACCACAGCCAGCUGCUGGAUGACCACCACCUGGAGCAACUUGCUGCUCAAAUGCCACCAAGGACCCAGGGCUAUCCAUGGCAACUGGUCUACAGCACCGCCAUCCAUGGGAGCAACCUGAAGACCCUGUACAGGAAUAUGGCUGAUCUGGACAGUCCUGUGCUGCUGGUCAUCAAAGACAUGCACAAAAAGGUGUUUGGCGCUUUUUCUUCACAUCCAUUCAGAGUCAGUAAAUACUGCUAUGGCACUGGAGAAACCUUCCUAUUCAGCUUCAGCCCUGACUUUCAGGCAUACAGGUGGAGUGGGGAGAACUCCUACUUUGUGAGCGGCAGCUUGGACUCUUUGCAAAUUGGUGGAGGAGGGGGUGGCUUCGCUUUGUGGCUGGAUUCUGACCUGUACCGUGGUGCAAGUUUUUCCUGCCCCACUUUCCACAAUGCGCCUCUCUCCACACAGGAAGACUUUAUUGUACAAGACCUCGAGGUCUGGACUGUGCAGAAAUGAUGAAGAACAUCUAAAAAGGCGAGAUAAAAACAAAGUAGAGCCCACGGUACUGUCUGGAGUUACAGAACUUCAAGACUUAAAGGAGUACAUGGGGUUUAGUCACUACUGUACAAAACCUGAUAGAGCAGUUGCUACUGUAUCAUCUGUGUACCUGGCUGAGAUUGGCCCUAACACAGGAUGAAGCCUGCUCUAGUGGUUCUUGGGUUGGACUUUCUGGUCUGAUCUGUGCCUGUUGAAGAGAAGUGGUUAGAUGAAAUCCUGUGAUCCAGGAUCCUGCUUUAAACUACUGGCUAUUCAUCAGUAGCCCUGUGGUAAGCCCAGUAAGUAACUGGUAUCCGAAGCUUUAAGCCCACCAUGCCCUCCUUUGGUGAGCAAUAUAAUACAAAGUUUGUAGUAACACUGUUGUAUAAAAAGUUGUGAAAUUUAAAGAUAUGUGUUUACCAUAUGUGUUUCUGUAUGCGCAAGUGAGAAUAUGUUCUGUUAAGACAAGUUACAUAUUUAUGGUUCAUUCAUUCAUUCAUUCAUUUAUGGUUAAAACAACAAAACACUGUAACAUGAUAGGACCCAAAGUGCCCUAUCUGGACUCUAAUUGUACUUUUGAGUUUUUUGUACAUUUGUACAGCAAGGUCUGAUUUUAAUGUUCUCCAACAUCAGUGGAUGAAGGCCUAACGACUCAGGUUCGAAAGUAUAAGCACAGAGUUGCACUAUAAUCAACUUAUCAUCAGUGGUGUAUGCCCUUUGUGUUGGAAGGGACCUCAACUGUUAACUGUCACUUCUGUUUUUUGAAUGUAAGACACCUGCCUCAAAAUGUUAUUGAUAGAUAAUAUUUUAAGGAAUAUUUUAAGGAAACCUUUUUAAUGUUUUACUGUCUAUGUAUUUAAAUGUAUUUUUAAGAAAAUUUGUAAACACAUUUUCUUGUUCCUGUGUGUCUGUUUCACAUUUCUUUGUUUUUGUGAAAAUCAGUCUGCCAGGCGGUGCUGGCACUGCCAGUGUGCUUUUUUGUGGAACACAUUAAAAUUGUCUUUCCAGGUGA